AUUUUUCAUAAUGAUAUCGAUAUCGAUAUUAUUCCCACCUUGGCCCCCCUGAGGCGAUAAUUCGUGCGUCGGGGUUAACAGACGGACAGACGGCUUUCCCGUGAACUAUGAUAUGAGUAAGGGUCACAAGAGCACGGAGGCUGAGUAUAUCCGCCUUCAUUAUUCCUGGUACGGGGCCGUUGAAAUCCCCAGCUUGAGAAGCGGCAACUACACAGUGAAAGAAAGACAUUAUUGUAGUGGGAGGACUCAGAGGAAGCGAACAGGCAACCCACCACAAUGCCAAGCUGGCAUGACUUGGCGGAAUUCCACCUGCUUGACCGCGCGGGUCUGGAAACCUUUCCGUGCCUUCCGCUGCUAUCUUUGUAUGGAUAUAGGAGGAGUGAUCGACUCACGGGUGCCUGGGAUACAUCGUUUGUCGUACUAUUUAGCUAAAUACUGCUAUUAUCAUUUUGUUGCAAGCGACAUAUCUAGAACAUCUGAGCCGAACCCCCUCCCCCUUCAUACUACGAGCGGAUAAAGCUGCGGCGGCUUUCGUCUUAACAGCGGACUUUCAAGCACAUUUCUACGAAAAGUGAAUUCGAGGAUAACCACUUUCGUAUCAUUAAAUAGUCCCUCCUUGGGGGUGACCUACACGAAAUGUCCGCCCGUUGGGUGGCUCAUAGUGAGACAUUAACUUUGAGCAGUUAUUCGAGGAAUGAGUUACAGAGAUGGAUAGAGCUUCCUUACAAACAAGUUUAAAGAGUCACGUCAAUCUAAAAGCCAGCAGAAAAUGUUCAUCCCAGAGCACAUGGUAAGUAAGUGUUCCCAUAGAGGUUAAAAAAACCCACGGCUUCAUACUACUACAGCACCGAUGUAUAAAUAAAAAUUAAACCCUUCAAUCGCCCGCGGGACGUGAGACCAUGGCUUCCCCCUGCGAACUGAAAAUGUUAUUCUCCAGUUUUACAAACAUCUCUUACAGGAAGAAGUUUUGGUGGCUGCUACAUAGCAUUGCACGGGAUGGAUGAUACACAUGCUAUUAUUAUCAUACUUUCCACUUCCCUGGUUCAUCAUCUACCGGCCCUGGUUCAUGGCUCUACGACAUAGGCAUAAUAUACUACAUAGUAUAGUAUAGUACACAGGAAAAAUUUGUCACUCUCCGCUGAAUUUCACAUGCAUAUUAUACCCCAAUUAACAUUUAAACGUUGAUAUUAGUCUAGGCGUGUAGAAAAAGAGGAUGAAAUCGG